AGUCCUUCAAGUAUCACACAAGCAUUGAUUGGAUUUAUUUCCAGCGUAGCCUGGCUUUGGACUCUUCUAUCAAUGAUGGAAUUGCUAUUGUUUGUCCCAGGAAUUCAUCCCAAAUUCGGAUAAGUCAACAAUAAAAUUGUGUAUUUUCUAGAGGUCUUUCAGAAACCAACCAAUCUUCAAGUGAAGAUCACAGGCAACAGCGGAUAGUAGUCGUUGUGGGUGCCAACAUGAACCAUGGGGACUUGCGUGAGCUUAGACCACGACCAGAAGAGGGCCCGUCAUCGCAGCGAAGAAAUCGACCGCAACUUGGUAGCAAUGGCUAGACAAGAAGAGAAUAUAGUCAAAAUUCUCUUGUUAGGUGCUGGGGAAAGCGGAAAGAGUACCCUGGUGAAACAGAUGAAAAUCAUACACAGUGAUGGCUUCACGGACUAUGAACUCAUGAGUUUCAAGCCUGCUGUUUUGGAUAAUUUACUGAACUCCAUGAAGUAUGUACUAAACGGGAUGGGCCUGUUGCGAAUACCUCUUGCCAACUCUAAAAAUAAGUCCCAUGCACAAGCAAUCCUGCAAUGCCAUAGAUGUUUUGAUGAGCACACUGUGAUGAAGCAUGACAUAUCCAGCUCAUUAUUUGCCUUGUGGAAUGACUCUGGAAUACGUCUCUGUGUCUCAAGAGGACAUGAAUAUGAACUUAAUGACUCGGCUCUCUAUUAUUUUGAGAACAUGGAGAGACUGACGUCUGAGAAGUACAAACCAGACACUCAAGAUGUCCUCAGAGCUCGAGUGAGGACAACAGGAAUACUGGAAACUCACUUCAAAAUCAGGGGCGUCAUUUUCAGGUUAUAUGAUGUCGGAGGUCAAAGGUCAGAGAGAAGGAAAUGGAUCCAGUGUUUUGAUGAUGUCAAGGCGCUCUUGUUCGUUGCUGCUCUCAGUGGCUACGACAUGGUUCUGUUUGAAGACCCUGAAGUGAAUCGCUUGCAAGAGAGUCUGAAGCUGUUUGAAUCCAUCUGCAAUAAUUGUUUCUUCCGUCAAACAACAAUGAUUCUCUUUCUCAACAAAGUGGAUUUGUUCCAGUUCAAAAUCCUCCACACUUCAAGGCAGCUUCAACACUACUUUCCAGAUUUUCAAGGCCCAGAUUAUGACAUCGAUGCUGCGGCCAAGUACAUCCAGAGACGCUUCCAGCAGUGCAACCGCAACCCCAAGAAGGAGGUGUAUCCCCACUUCACCACGGCAACAGACACCGGCAACAUGGAGGUGGUCUUUCAGGUGGUAACCAAUACAAUUGUCAAAGAUAACCUUGAGGCUGCUGCCCUCAUGUGACGCCUACAUUUAACCUUGCCUCCUUUGACAUUUGUAUUCCUUAUACCAAGGGAUUCUUUCAUUUGUUUGAACUUGAGAUUUUCAAGAUUGCAGCCCUUCCUCAUGGUCAGUGAUAUUGUGAUACUGACUAUGUUCCAACUCCUGAGUGACUGAGGAUAGACUUUCAUUUUGGAUUCUCAAGGAUGCAAUUCUGGUGCUUUUGGUCAUUCGCAAGAUGAUGGCCGUUGUAUGCCAAGUACUCAUCAAUUAGGAACACUGUACGUGAUAUCCUUGGAGUUAGAGCUAUGGUUCCUCAAGGAUGCAUUCUGUCACCUAUGAUACUUCACAAGAUGUGAAUACUGCUGAUAAUUCACUGAUCAUGUUAUUUUAACUGACUGCUAAGAAAGCAUAAAUGCUUGUUAGUAAGCAACCAGACGGCCGACGGCUUUAGGUCCUCUCUGAGGAACCUGGUAAUGAGGAGUAAUGCCUUACCAAAGGGCACUAGCGCAUCGCCUUGGUUUCGAAUCCGGGUCGCCGGAUUACAAGACCACUGCUCUACCAACUGAGCUAUCGGGUCAUCAAGAAUUCUGGUAUAUAUUCUCAUGCUGUCAAGUCAAAUGAUGUCUUGCAAGGGCUUGGCUGCCAGUUAUUCUCAUCCUAAUCAUUUUUUUUUCUUCAGGGCAGAGUUACAUGAGCAGUUAAAUGCCACAUAGAUGGGCUUUACCUUGUAUAUGUACAGUGAAACGAAAGUCAAUGCUAAUAUUAUCCUAUUGACAUUAUGUAAAUGCAAUGAUCUUGAUGCAUGUUUUAACAAAAUGGUGAGAAAAUUCUGUAUUCAUUUCAAAUCUGAAUAUGCUGCUCUCUUGUAUUGCUGCCUCAUUGAUGUUCUCAGGCUAACUAGCAUUACUAGUCGUCUGGCAUCAAAGCAGGAAGUAACUAAACUAUGAUCAAAAGCAGGGAUAAAUUACCUUUUUUUUAUGGGGGAGCGCGUUGUUUGAGUGAUGUAUUCAGAAACUCGGGUAUUCAUUCUGCCACGGCCAAAAUGCACCAAAAUAAAUCAGCAAACUGGUAUUCAUGUGAUGGAUUUGUGGAUUUGUGUUCUUACAAU